GAGCGAGAAAGCUUAGCAUCAGAUGUCAAUGCAAAACACUAUAAGAAAGAGAAAGAGAGAGAGAGAGAGAGAGAGAGAGAGAGCUGCAAAGGAGUGAAGUUCAAGUCUCCUCCACAGCUUUUCUUUUCUUUAAACGAAAAUCAGCAAAACGCUCGGUUUUUUAAUUUGUGUAUCUUAUCUCUUAUUGCUAUUCCUUUUUAACAAACAUAAUGUUUUAGCGUGCUCUAUAUAUCAAUAUCCUCCUCAACGCCCCCACUGAAAAAACCUCUCUCAGAAAAAAAAAAAGGAAAACGAACUCAGAGACUAAUCCAUGGACUUCGACCUUGAAAACCCACUUACAGAUUUCCGUCAUCACUCUGACACCUUUACUUCUCUCUUCCUAACUGAAUCUGAUCAUAUGCCUUCUCUCAAUUAUUUCUUAAAUCUCCAAGCUGGAGAUUUUGAUAUCACCAUUAGAAGAGAAGCCAUUGCUUCAAUCUCACAGUUUUCUUGUAACUUCGACCCUCUGGUAUCAUACCUGGCUGUGAAUUAUAUUGAUCGGUUCUUGUCCUGCCAUGGAAUGCCGCAACCAAAAAAGUGGGUUCUGAAUCUUCUUGCAAUAUCUUGUGUUUCUUUAGCUGCCAAGAUGAACAAAAUAGAAUUCUCUCUGAAUGAUUUUCAGGGCGAUGAGGGUAUGAUUUUUGACUCACAGACCAUACAGAGAAUGGAGGUUCUUAUUUUGGGAGCCCUCAAAUGGAGAAUGCGUUCAAUAACUCCUUUCUCGUUUGUUUCUUUCUUCAUUUCUUUGUUCAAACUCGAAGACCUUCCAUUGCAGCAGGCUCUCAAGGCCAGAGCCACAGAAAUCAUCUUUAAUGCUCAAAAUGCAGAUAUUAAACUUUUGGUGUUCAAGCCAUCAAUUAUUGCUGCCUCCGCACUUCUCUCUGCUUCUCAUGAGUUGUUCCCUUUGCAGUAUCCAUGCUUUAGAAAAGCACUUUCCAACUGUUCAUAUGUAAAUAAAGAAAACAUGUUUCAGUGCUACAAUGUUAUGCAAACCAUGGUACUAGAAGGGUACGAGUUCGUGUUCGAGGUGGUAUCGAGCUCGGUCACACCGGUUAAUGUUUUGGACCAGCAAUAUUCUUGCUCAGAAAGUGGAAUUACCAAUGAGACUAAUUCCACUACCAUUCCAAGAUUGAAGAGAGGUAUCAAAAGGAGAAAAAUCUCUGAUUAUUGUAACAAUGAUCAGACGGUCCAGAUUUCACAGAUUCGGCAGUGCUGAUGAGACUGAUUUCACAGCUUAUCUCUGGUCCAAUUGAGAGUGACACUAUAGCCACCCCUAAACAAAAACCCCCUCAAGAAAAAAUUGUAGCCCCCCCAAAAAAAAAAAAAAAGACAGAGUGAUGGGUAAGAGAGGGCAAAGUUGAUAUCUCCAUGGAUCGAAUCACUGUUACAUGAUCUUAGUACUGUUUGUCACAGUUUACUGGGUAGAAAAAGAAUUGAAGGAAAGAGAGAAUUUUGUUUCUUUAUGUUUUUCUUUUUAAGAACCAAACAAAGACAAAACGUAACUUUGAAUUGUAGGGCUGAAUUCUGCAAUUCACUUA